CCGUGCAGGGGGGCUUACGCUAUCUUAAGAGUGUAAGUGUACGGGAGGAAUCGUUGUGGGUUCCAAGUGAAACUGGGAGGGGGGUGGGUGUGUGUGUGAGAGAGAGAAAAGGAAAGAAAGGAAGCGAGGGACAAAGAAAGAAGGUAGGGAUCCACCUCGCAAGCCAAGCAUCAUGCGUGAGAUAGUGCACAUCCAGGCUGGUCAGUGUGGCAACCAGAUAGGAGCCAAGUUUUGGGAGGUCAUCAGUGACGAGCAUGGGAUUGAUCCCACGGGCAGUUACCAUGGAGACAGCGAUUUGCAGCUGGAGAGAAUCAAUGUUUACUACAAUGAAGCCACUGGUAACAAAUAUGUACCUCGGGCAAUCCUGGUGGAUUUGGAGCCUGGCACAAUGGACUCAGUCAGGUCUGGACCAUUUGGCCAGAUCUUCAGACCAGAUAACUUUGUUUUUGGCCAGAGUGGUGCAGGAAAUAACUGGGCCAAAGGCCACUACACAGAGGGAGCAGAAUUAGUAGAUUCCGUCCUGGAUGUAGUGAGGAAGGAGUCAGAAAGCUGUGACUGUCUCCAGGGCUUCCAGCUGACCCAUUCCCUGGGAGGUGGCACUGGGUCCGGAAUGGGGACCCUGCUGAUCAGCAAGAUCAGGGAAGAGUACCCAGACAGAAUCAUGAAUACCUUCAGCGUGAUGCCCUCCCCAAAGGUGUCAGACACUGUGGUGGAGCCCUACAACGCCACCCUGUCUGUCCAUCAGUUGGUGGAGAAU